GGGGAGCAGAUGAAAGGCGAUGAAGAGAACGAUGAAGUUGUAGACGUUGUGGAAAUGGAACACGGAAAACCAACGGAACACUGUGCAUCACCUCACCAGCAAACUCCUGAGACGACUGCGGGAGAGACCAGCAGGCUGACGCCUCCCAGCCAAUCUGAGCUGUUCCUACCAUCACCCUCGGAGCUCUACCGCUGUCUGCCUUGCAGGGGGAAGCCUGUGACCUUGACUGGCAGUGCACUGGAGGUGGGCGAGAGUUUUCUUGACCAAGAAGAGAGCCUUCUCCAGAGAGCCAGGUGGGUUGUUCCUCCCAGAGCAACCAGCUCACGGGCACUACAAGAAUCGAGACCUAUUCGGUCUAGUGUAGCUCCGCAAAAGACGGUCGAGGUGAAGCGACAGAACACGGCUCAUCGGGAUCACUCGCCAGCCGGGGCAACCCCUGUAAUCAGUGCCUCGUUAAGGCUUCCAGCAUCGGUAGCAGUCUCUCAGACUGACGCAAGCAGCUCUGACUCCAGACAAUGCAUCAACCCACCAGAGAAAAGCUCUUUGUCCAGUAACGGAGGAAGAAGUCGGCAUACUCCGAGUGAAGUUUCCAGCACUUUGAAAACCCAAACGAGAGAAAAUGUCUUGGAAUUGAGCCCCAGAGGACCCAAGAUACUGUUGAAAUCUAAGCUAUGCCCUCAGCCGCGAGAAAUGCGGACGCAGUUUUCUCCACAAACAACUGGGAGAGAGAAACAAAAACUGUUAGAGUCACCUAUGUCGGGCGGUUCAGCAGUGGCAGUGAGGGGCAGGAGAUACGAAGUGCCUGAGGUUAUUGACAGCAGUUUCUUUGACCACGAGUCUCAGAUGGAGGGGUCGGGAGGGGAGGGAGAGAGGGAGGAGCCUCGCGUGACCCUCUGUUCACCGAGUACCCAGGGCAGCACCAGUGGGCAAGAGAAUCCAGUGGAACCCUGUUCAACACCCCAGGGCCCCAUCAUUAGUGACAGAGAUAACAUGGCGAGUACCCAGGGCAGCACCAGUGGGCAAGAGAAUCCAGUGGAACCCUGUUCAACACCCCAGGGCCCCAUCAUUAGUGACAGAGAUAACAUGGCGAGGAGGGGGUCUUCUGCUGUCGAGAGACAGAGUAUUUCAAGCCCAGUCGAAGAGAGAAAUCUGCAACAACCCACAGGACCUCGGACUUUGAUAACAACAUACUGUGAUAACGUACGAACUGCCGCGGGUGGAUCUUCUAGCGUCGACAAGGGGAAUAGUUCAGUUGGAGUGAGAAAUCUACAACAACCCAUGGUACCUCCUGAGACCUCAAUCGCCACCUCAACUGAUUUGACCUCUCUCCUAGUGAUAUCUUCAGUGGCUGGUGACGGUGGUGAAUCGAGGGGUCUUUCGCCAACAAGGAGAAAUCUCGAAGGAACACUGAACUCUGCUCUCGAGGGUAGAACGGAGGAAACCUCAGAGAAUGAGGCUGUGAGGGAGGAGGGGGAGAGGGGGGCGAGGGGGGAGAAAGAGGUGAGGGUGAGCAGUGGAGAAAAAGAAAUGUCUCGGAUACGGGAGUACAAUGUCAAGAUCCCCAAACUCUCUGUUCCAACUCCAACAACCAGAGCAUUGAGGUGCAGGGCAGAAGACGCCAACAUUGCUGAGGUACUGAGUGACUUGCGUCUGUCACUGGCAUCACAACACUGCGGCGAUAGUUUGAGCGAAUUCCACGAUUUUGUUCUCCGUCUGCCUCUCCCGUCGGUCCGUGAUGCACCCACUGCCGGCGACAGGAAGACAACGAGGAGACCGCAAAAGAGAAAAAGGACAGAAUGUAAAGAAACGAACCAAAACCCUAUUUCUGAGGAUCCUCUCCCCUCUACGUCGGUCUCAACCUUGCUCACUCACCUGCGUGACAAACCGGUGCAGACGGGCACAGGCAAAGAGUCACAAGCAGACAGUUGGUCUAGCAUAGAUCAUCUCUUGGACUGUCUUCUUCCUCCUCCUCCUCCUCCUCCUCCUCCUACUCCUCCUCCUCCUCGGGCUCCAGCUGCUCAGGAGAUGAGGGAACAGAGAGAGACUGAGUCCCAGAGAGCUGCUUGUUCAGAAAACGAAGGCCCCCACCAGAGAGGAAAUGACCCUGAGAACGGUCCUUCCAGCCACUCUGAUAGUGAUCUACAGCCUGGCCAGAGCCCCAGCGAUCGUGUUCGUCAAGCAGAAUGUCCAAUGCACAUCAAAAAGAUCAUCCACGGCUUCUGGUUUCGACACUCCAUAGCACUGACAAAGAUGUCCACCGACCACACUACUCCCUGAUCCUAAUCACAUCAUUAUCAUCUUUUUAUUCAGACAUUGUAACAGAAAAAGUGGGGG